AUGACGCGCGUGUUAUUAGCUUACAGUACUUCAUAGAGGAGUUAAACAGCAGCAUGUUCUAAGCAUCCGAUCUCUCACUGUAAGCUAAAAACCAAGUGCAUGGCCCCAGUCAUCACCAUGACUUCGAGUGGUUUUAAAGCUGAAGAUCAUCCCCGUGUGAUUUUAGGAGAUAAAGGAGAGAUGCAGACCAGCAUCGGCGUGGAGGAGGACGCAGAGAAACCGAAGAUUCUCCCGUUCAGCGUCGAGGCUCUGAUGGCAGAACGGAGACCGAGCUCCUCCGCCGGAGCGUCGCAUACUCACGCGGAUCCGGAGCGGACCGGUGCUCGUUUGGCGUUCUCCGUUGACGUUCUGAAAUUGUCGGAAAAGUCGGAGCGGAGCGCGUGGAUGCAUGACCUCUCUCCCCCGUGUCCUCUGAGAAAGCACAAAACCAACCGAAAGCCUCGGACCCCGUUCAGCACGUCGCAGCUGCUGGCGCUGGAGCGGAAGUUCCGUCAGAAACAGUACCUGUCCAUCGCAGAACGGGCCGAGUUCUCCAGCUCGCUGAACCUGACCGAGACUCAGGUGAAGAUCUGGUUCCAGAACAGACGAGCUAAAGCCAAGCGGCUCCAGGAGGCCGAACUCGAGAAGCUAAAAAUGGCCACUAAACCGAUGCUUCCUCCUGCCUUCGGCUUUUCUUUUCCAGUCGGUGCUCACGCUCCGGCUUCAUACACGGGAUCGCAUCCGUUUCACAGACACUCGGUGAGCAUGACUCCAGUGGGACUGUACACACACAUGGGAUAUAGCAUGUAUCAUUUAGCUUAAAGGACGAUCGAGUGCAUCAGAAGGGACUUUCUCUCCAUCUUCAGCAGUUCUGUUCCAACAAAAGUGGACAUGGUUUUCUUUAAUGGUGGCAUUUCACACAGCCUGUACUUUCACAAAGAGUUAUGAAAACCGAUUUGGUCAAAGGUAGGUCAGGUGAAAACAGUCUGUAUCUCACACUUGCAUUCGUAGCAAUGCGUUUAUGAUUCAAACUCGCAUGAAUGUUUUAAACGAUAGCAUUUUAAAAAUAAACAACACUGACUGUUGUUUAAAUGAUUCCCUUCGAAAGGGAUCUGAAAUGUAAAAUAUUGUACAUUUGGACAAAAAUACCAUUUAUAUGAUGAAUAUAUUUGUUAAAUAAAUUAACGACAAAUGGUCUAUUCUUUGUUUUUCUCCUUUGUUUAGCAGAAACAUGGUCUAGUUUGUGAGAGGGAUUCUAGGCAUUUAAAAGCACAUCCCAAAAUGGAACCCAAAUAUUUCCUAAUUUGAUGAUGACUCAUUGCAAAAAAACAAACAAAAUUCCUAACUCCUUCAAAAUCAUGCAAAGCAGAUUAAAGAGUCAAUCAUAUUUUCAGUUGUUUUAUGAGGCUGGCAUAUAUCAGUGACAUUUAAAACCACUCAACAGUUCUACACAUAUUAAUUUGUGGAUCCAGAUUAACAUCAAAGGUUUCUUGCUCAGCACACUGUGUCCACAUGGUAAUGGUACAUAAUUUCUUACAGAAAUAAAUCGAUGUAAAACGUAACUCGAAAAAGAACAGGCAGUCUUUGAGUGUCGUGGUGAAAGUGCAUUUAAACUGUCAUCUAUCAUCUGGCUGGAGUGUAUUUCCACAGCUGUUGCUUAUUGCUUUGAAAUAACCCACUUAGAUUUCCUUGGCGCCGCUAGACCUCGAGGAGACCAACAUCUACAAAACCGUCACUUGUGAGAAGUUCAAACUAGUGAGUGAAAUUAAAGAUUGGACUUGGACGUGAAAUUACCUUAAACGAUUGGACUGGAAUCCUCUUACUGAAGGGAUGAAAUUACAGCGAGCACACCGUGAGUUUGGAGGACCUGCAGCACAUUAAAGAUAAUGUUUACAGUCAGUAACGCAUCGAGAGCAAGCAAGAGAUUCAUUUAAGGGUGAAUAAAUGUCACUGAUGAAUUUUGCAUCGAUUAUAUGCGCAUAACGCAAUUUCAACAAAUCUAUAGUUAAAAUGUCAAGUAAUCUUGUAGGCUAUUAUAAAAAGUAUUAGCUGCGUAGUAUUUUAUUUUAUGAAAAUAUCAUUGACUCUGGGACACAUGUUGGCUUGGUGCUUCAAAAACGUUUAAUCAUUCUAGAGAUGACCAUCGAAAAAACGCAUCUAUGAAAUAUCAGAAUGAAUAUCGUUUCUGUGUGAAAAAAGGGCCAUUCUGCUGGGACUGGAGUCACUGCUCGGUAAUUAAUAAAAGCCCUAAUGACAAUAAGAUAAGAAUCACACGGGUGAGCGCGCCGGCUGAAAGCGAGGACGAGCUCACAAAAGAUCUGAGGGGAAUCCGUCCCUUCUUUUCAGAAGAGGUCACUCUCUCUCUCUCUUCACGCCCCGGGCUAAAAGGGAAACAAAAGUCACUUGUUUUUAUCAUCCAAAAUAUCACAACGGGAAGUUUGCGAAGAGAAUCGGCGCUUCGUUUGACUGGCGCCACGUCCAUCAUUCUGUCUCCAGUCAAAGACUCGAGCUCAGACCUGGAGUUUGACUGCUAAUAUAACCUAUAAAACCAGUCUAAACGAAACUAAAUUAGGGUUAAACAUUAAAAUAAUAAAACCUUAAAUUAAACUUUUAAAUAAUAAAUUAACCACAGUUGACGUUGUUAUUUCCAUUCACUUGAAAGGAAUUAAACGCACAUGCGAUCGGUGCAAAUGCCUUACAGCUUUUUUAUAUUAUGGUAUAAAAUGGUUGUUCUUCUUUCCUGUUUAAAGAAGCUUUUUUCAACGUUCCAGUCAGUGUUUUCCAUGACAUUUCAGACAUUAUAAUGUGUCGGUACUGGUGCUUAUUUGAUUUGAUUAUAUUGACAAAUUCCAUUUAAAAGAAAAAUAUAGCCUAUAUAUUUUCUUUCCGUACUGUUAACUCCGAAUUUGGCAUUUCUGAAAAUAUUUCUGAAGCACUAUCUGUUUAAAAGAGAGAGAGACGAAUAUUUGAAGACCCAAUAUUUAUAGUCAACUUCCCUGGAAUAUAUUACGUCAACUAAUUGCAAAAAUAUUUUCCAUUCACUUGAAUGACACACAUCGGAGAAAAAAACACCAAUAAAGUCUGGAGGAACUGUCCAUGAAACAAAUGCGGCAUCGAAAACAGCAUAAUUAUUUUGGUUUCAAAGUCGCAUCUGCAUUAAAAGCUGCGACGUCGGAUGUGGAUUUGAUUUUGUCAUAAGCUAUAGCGCCCCCUCACGGUUCAUGCAACUUUAAACUAUUUGCAGGAUAUUUACUCAGCAUUUAACUGAAAACGGGUUGUUUAUAAUAAUAGAAAACCAUCGCUUUAAACGUUUUUUAAAUCACAGUUUCAGUGUUUUAUUUGAAAUGCACGUUGACAUAGGCCCUACACUGAAAACUGAGACCGUGAGAAAAAUACAUAAAGUUCUGCCAUCUGCUUAAAUAAAAGACCAGUUUAUAUAGACACGUAAAACCCAACUGAAAAAUAAUAGGCCUAUAAUAUUAACAACAUACAGAUAAACCCAACCACACAAUUUUAUCAUUACGACUAGUAAUAAUACAAUACGUUUCUCUCUUUAUAGCCCUGUGAUGAUGGAUGUUUACAUCGUGUUGUUUCAAUUCAAUUUCAUGAUUUUUGUUUUCAUGAUAAGCUUCUCUGGCAAGAAACAUAAAUGCCCAUGUGAAUACAAAAUAAUAUAUGAUUCUGCAAAAUAAGAUGGAAAAAAAAAAGGUAAAAAUGAGAAAAGCUACACCAGUGCAUGAAUAUCAGCAUGAUCGUGGAUUAAGGUGCUAAAUCAACAAUACAUUGUAUGGA